AUGUCGACGAUUUCUGCUCCCUCCACAACGACACUUGCUUAUCCGGUUGUCACAGAUCUGACCAUACACAUCUUCUCUCCGACAGAUUCUCUCUCCACCUGCGAGCUCAAUCCGGAAACAUGGCACCGCAUAGAGAAGGAGCUCUACCUGCAUACAUCUCAGCGGAGCGCAUGGCUAUAUGUGGCGCUGGCCAAUGAGGAUGACCUUACAGCUGAAGAUCUGCUGGUUAUGGAUAUCGCAAUGGGCGAGGCGCCUCCCAACCCUAGCUCAAAUCGUUCAUGGGAGAGCCGACCUGGCGGAAUUUGGGUGCUGAGAAGCAAGUUCUCUGGUAAGGUCGACGAUGUUGUGACAGAGGUUGAUGUUCUCUUUGGCAUAGAUGCCGUCGACCCACGACCACAAUGGACUCUCAUGCGAUCACCGCUACAGCUUGACGCUCAGCCAAAGGUGCCGGGUGCAAGACUAAGCCUCCUCCGCGGCAGGGCCAAGCGGAGACCGAAUGAUUCGGCAGCUUUGAGAGUCAGAGAAAAUGGCAAAUUCAGGAUUGUCCAGAUCUCUGACACGCACAUGGUGACCGGCGUCGGGGUAUGCAGCGACGCUAUUGAUGCGCACGGGAAGAAUCUCCCAGAGAGCGAGGCCGAUCCACUCACGAUGGACCUCAUUGGAAAGAUCUUGGAUAUCGAAAAGCCAGACCUUGUAAUUCUCGCUGGAGACCAGUUACACCACGACAUCUCCGACAGCCAAUCUGCCCUAUUCAAAGUGGUUGCUCCUAUGAUCGUGCGUUCAAUCCCAUUCGCAGCUGUUUUUGGUAAUCAUGACUGCGAGGGUACCCAUGCAUUGACACGCACAGCACAGAUGUCAAUACUUCAAAAACUGCCUUUUAGCCUCUGCGAGUCAGGUCCACAGGAGGUUGACGGUGUAGGCAACUUCUACCUCCAGAUCCUGGCUACCGCACCGUCACAGCGUCCGCUAUCGACUUUGUAUUUCUUAGAUUCUCACGGUCAGGUUCCGAACGAAACAACCGACCCCGACUAUCACCCAGUCACGCAAAGCCAAAUUGACUGGUUCACGAACAUUUCCCAAGCGCAAAGAAGAGCUCGUGAGGAAGGUACCGACAGUCUCUUUCACGUGUCUCUGGCUUUUUUUCACAUCCCUCUUCCCGAAUUCAGGGAUCCCCAUCUGAAUAUACGCAACGGCCAUCGGAGAGAACCGACAGAGUGCCCCAGCUUUAAUUCCCAUUUCUACGACGCCUUGGUUAAGGGAGGCAUAUCAGCAUUAGGCUGCGGACAUGAUCACGUUAAUGAUUUUUGCGCUCUGCUGCCACAAUCGCAGCAAGAUGGCGACAUGACUCCUCGGUCUGGCCCUUGGCUAUGCUAUGGAGGUGGCAGUGGGUUCGGGGGAUAUUGUUCGUACGGCAGGGAGCGAUUUCACCGACGAAUGAGGAUUUGGGAAAUCGACACCACUACGGGGAGCUUAAAGACUUGGAAACGUGUCGAAUAUGCUGCUGACAGAGUGGAUGAGCUGGUGCUCGUGCAAAAUGGAGUUGUGGUGUGA